AUGUACCAUUUCCCAGAGGGCGCAUGCUAUUUUAAAUUUAAAAACAUCAUGUGUAUUUGUGUAUAAAAUAACUAUGGCGUUUGACAUAAAAUCGUUUAACACGAUCCCUUUCAAUUACAUCGACGUUGUAAUUAGCAAGACAUUGACACGCAAUUCACUGCAAUUGAAGCUCCUCGUGCAUUAGCUCGACGAAACAGCUCUCGAGCGCCAAGGAAACGUGCGCACGUGUUUCACUGAAUAUAAUUUGCGUUUGAAACAGUGAAUCAUCCUGAGUCUUGACAAAAGAUCGCCGACAACGUUUGAAAGCUCUACGCUCGUUGGUUGAAACACGCACCUGUAACACCUGUUUUAAAUAGGACGCUCUCGCGUCAAUUUACCUCGUCUCGAAGCAAAUAAAUUGCCCGGUUUCUCUAACCUUUCUCGUAUAACUCAUAAUUCGUUAACAAAAAGCUCUCGAGAGCCGGUGUGGCAGCGUAUCAUUCAGAAAAGUGGCUUAAUGUUCAAGGAAGACGUCUUCAAAAGUCAACUGGAUUGCAGGGGGCAUUAUGGUGCAGCACCUUUUUACCAGGAGUCUUUUUUUCUGUUGGCGUGCACCAAAGUAUUAGGAAGAAUGGCGGGCACGAGGCCGGACUCCUCCACGGACGAAGCAUUCACGAAGAGUGCCCGGAGCCGAGUGCUACGCCACUGUCCACGCUAUCACGAUUUAACAGAGUGAACAGCACACGAGACGUCGGUGCGUGCGAGCGAGAUAGCGGCGGAGGAAAGGAAAGGAAAGGAAAGGAAAGGAAGGCGCGCAAGGUAAAGGCACAUCUGAAUCCUUCGGUUGACUCGGCUCAGUCUGAUCCGAGCCAAGCCACUGCCCUGAUCCGGCGUUCCUCGCUCGUCGUUCUGCGCCUGGAUCCUCCUCUCCUUCGCCUGGCUGUCUCCUCCGCGCUCUCCCUGCCUCUCUAAUCCACCGGUGUCAUCGAUCGCCGAUCCGACUUCCUUCCUCCGCGUUGGCUUCUCCCUGCGCGGUCAGUUCAAGUCGCGGCGAGUUUCCGUUCCUCUCGAGUUCCGGCGACCAGACGAAAAUUCACCACCUGACAUGUCACAGUGCACGCAGCACCGUCGCGUCGAUCGGUUCAUCCGCGUACAGUGAGACGAACCGAUACACGCUUCUCUUUCGCGCUUCUUAUUCCUCGAUUGCUCCUCGUUCGUCGCUCGUUUCUGUUCGUGACACUGGUGUGCGCGGGUUCGUGGAAACGAAGAAUUUCUGUGGAUCCUACAAGAGACCGGAAGUGUGAUGACCCCUCCAACGAGACGGGCUGCAUCGAUCAACGCGGCGACAGCGUGCCUUCGAUCCGGGAUCUGAUUUUCGCGGUCAAGGAUGACCGAAACCGAUGAGCGGAUGAACGAAUAAAGCGAGGAAGGGAAUCAGAAGGGAAACAAGGGCUGCCGAAGGAAGAGAUGGUGGUGGAGUGGCUCUGUCCUGGUCUUAGGCCGACCGGAAGCCGUAGGCCUCGUCUUCUUCACUGCAAGGUGAUACUUCUCGACGAGCACGAACUGUUGCAGGAUGUCUUGAGUUCGAACCUCGGCCAGGAACUGUUGGACAGAGUGUUCAGGCACCUGAAUUUAUUGGAGACCGCUUACUUCGGGCUACGUUACCUGGAUCACGGGAAUCAAACGCAAUGGCUGGAUCCGAGCAAGAAGAUCGGCAAGCAGCUGAAGGUUCAAAAAGGUGAUCCGUCCUCCGAUGUGCACACCCUCUAUUUCGGCGUGAAAUUCUACGCGGCCGAUCCUUGCAAGCUUAUCGAAGAGAUCACAAGGUACCAGUUCUUCCUUCAAGUGAAGCAGGACAUUCUGCAAGGAAGACUGCCGGUUUCCUUCGAUUUGGCCGCGGAACUAGGCGCCUACGUCGUUCAAUCGGAGCUCGGGGACUACGACCCAAGGCGACAUUCCGUGGGCUAUGUAACCGAGUUUCGUUUCUUAGCGAAUCAAACUACGGAAUUGGAAAAUCGUAUAGUGGAACUUCAUAAAACUCUCGUAGGACAAUUACCCUCCGCAGCGGAGUUGAAUUAUCUGGACAAAGUGAAAUGGCUGGAGAUGUAUGGGGUCGAUUUGCAUCCCGUCUUGGGGGAGGACAGCGUAGAAUACUUUCUGGGCCUCACGCCGAGCGGAAUAAUUCUGUUACGGAACAAGACCAAAGUGGGAAAUUAUUAUUGGCCUCGAAUCAAUAAAAUCUAUUAUAAGGGUAGAUACUUCAUGCUGAGAGUCAGCGAGAAGAAUUCCGAGGAGAGGACUCACGGUUUCGAAACACCAUCAAAGGGAGCUUGCAGACAUCUCUGGAAAUGUUGUCUGGAACACCAGGCGUUCUUCCGUUUGAUGGCCACGGGGCCGCCACCCCUGAGCCCUUACUCCCGUUUCCGUUCGUACAGUCCUCCGUCCGGGUCGGAGAAGCACAUGGUUAUCAGACGGAAUCCACCGCCGAUUUUCCAGAGGACCCCGAGUCGCAGGGCGCAGCGACGCGUGGUGGAGGGGCAAGAAAUGGUCGGCCCGUUCGUGGAAACACCUGCCAACGUGAACCCGAACCCGUGCAACAAUCCGGUCGGCAGUAACGCUUUGUGCAAUAGUCAGACCACGAGACAGGUGAACAACUCGAGUCCAAGGAGCACCAGGAGCGCGCCCUGGACUCAGAGCCAACCUCGAGGCCUUUAUACUUCGUCUAGUCCUCGGUCCGUCCGCUCAGCGGGAACGGCGCCGGCACUCUUGAGCAGACUCCAACGAAGGAGCAGCUCGGUGGAGAGCCAAAGUUCAGGGGACAGUCACAGUCGCGGUGGGCAUCGUAGAAGAAGUCAUAGUCAUAGUCAUCGAAGGCACAGUCGUCAUUCCGAUUGCGAAUCGGAAUUAUCCAGAGGCUCGGAUACCAGGUCGGGUCAUCGUAAGCACCGCAGAAAGCACAGAAGUUCCCGUUCGUCUAGACACGAAUUGGUGGACUCGGAACCGCAAUGGAGGGAGGCACAGAAGCGGAAGGGCGAAGGAGUGCAACGAGCUGUAGUAAGCCAUACGGAGCCGAGGAGAAGGCAUAGGAGUAGACAUAGAAGUCCUUCACAGAAACAACCACUGCCGGACGAGCUUAGAAAGCAUUUGGAAUUCGGUUUAAUAGAUACCACAGGAAUGAGCGAACAACAACGUCGGGAGAUACCAUACACCGUGGUUCAAUCGCAGUCUGCACAACAAUGUACGCUACAGUCUAGCAAUUCCCGAUUGGACGACGCAGAUUCGUCGUCCCUACCUAGAACAAUCGGAUCCGUUGGCAAACGAAACAGAAGAGUGAUACAACAUUGUCGAGACGGAAGUUAUAAUUUGCCGCCAACAAGGCCGAGUCAUAUCGAGACAAAGUACUACGACGGUAGUAGGAGCGAGUGCAAUAUGAGGAAGGACUUUUAUUAUAUUCGUAACAACAGAAUAUUAAUAGGAAAUAACGUGGACAGUGGUCUCGGGGAAAGUACACCGCAGGAAUUUUCAAGCUGCUGCUCAAGCUCUGCCGACAGCGCUAAACCUACUCGUGUACCGCAAAUGCAAUUAGGGGGAGAGGUACGCUAUGAAUUGUCUUCAAAUCAAGAAAUCUACCCUCCUGUUGAUACUACUCUGGACGCUGUUCUUCAGCCCAUUAUAUCAACUUUAACAAGGAGACAACGGAACCGCCCGAAAUGAGCAUGAAGCUUUAAAUAAAUAAAAAAUAGACAUUUAUGCACA